AUGGUCUAUAUUGUCGUUGUUUUACUUUGGUAUUCAGUUGGGAUUGUAUUCAUGUUGGGAAUGCAGAUGCGCGCACGUUCGGAAAUAAUCGAAGAAACGGCAAGGCGACGAACGAAACUGUUGAUUCGAAACUUACGAGAUCAAACGAAUACGAAAGAAAUCCUAGAAGAACUAGUUGAUAAACAAAAGCGUGCUCGUCUCUGGGAUAUUUAUCUUGGCAACACGACUCAUGCGAUAGAUAAAUUACACCGUGACGAAACUGUUCGCAUCCGUCAUAUUGAAAAGCAAUUGGCAACGAUAAAUCGUAAUCGUCGAUUUACAAACGAGACUUUGUUUCCGACAGAAGAAGAAGCUGUUCAUUUUCGUAGUCGAUCCGAUUCCCGACAAAUCUCUAGUAGGCUAUCACAUGUCGAAGUUCAACGAAAUCUUCGACGUCGCUCAUCGUUCGACCAACAAACACUCGAGCGUUGGAAAGCGCUCGCUGAUCGAUCGAAAGCACAGGAGCAGAUGCCAUGGACUAUUCGUAAACUCGUCAUUCGAAGAUAUUUUCGACGUCCAGUGAGAAAGCCUCCGUCAAUCAUUCAACAGAAUUCAGUCACAUCGAAUCGUACCAGCGACGAUCUAGUUUCGUUCACUAAUCAAAUUCAUCUCCUUACUCGACAUCAUUCAGAAAUACUUCUUGACCAAAGUACAAAUCACCUUGAACGACAGAAUCCGUAUCUGACGUACUUUUACACGUCAUUACGUCGACCAAGUAUAUUAUCCUCGAACUUUUUCUCGGUAUCAUCUGAACAAAUAAUUGAAUAA